UAGCUGCAGAAAGAUGACAAUAAAACAGCCUGCAUAAACUUUUUUCAGGUGCGCUACACUGAACUGAUUUUACUGUAAUAUAUUUAGCCUAAUUAACUGUCGCUUGCAUUUAAUUGUUGGUUUUAGGUUGAGUAUGUAUUCUAUAGAAAUACAUGACAAAGAAUUCCAUUAUGCUGAAAAAUAUUCCCACCCAUUAGUAGGCUGUUUACCGUAAAGAGGUCAUGAUGCUGCUGAGCAAACAUCCCUGCUACAGCAGAGAUUAAUCUAUCAUCACAUACAGCGUGGGCUCGCGGUAUAAAAUUGUAUCUGGCAAAGCAUAACAAUACAAACUAAUAAAUUACAACAACAAAACUAAUUUGGCACGACCUUAAGAAAGUGCUCGCGCUUGUGACCACGUGACACGAUUCCUGGAAAGUUCCUGGAAAUUUGUCUUUUGUAUACCAGUCUUUUUAAAUGAGGAUUUAGUUGUUAACGAGGAGCGCACAAACAUACACACAAAGAUACUGUUGGAAUAUCUCUUCACGGCUAUAGAGAGUAGUUAUAUGUGUCCUGCUCGCUUGGCGCGCGUUUUUAUAACGCGUUUUGGUGCGCGGUGCGCUUGUAGACGGCGCGAGACGGACAGUGCAGCGCGCGAGACGCCUUUUGUGGAGUGUCGCUCCCCAAAAGAAUCAACGUAAAUGUAAGGGAAAAUCGCGAAAUGCACAAAAACGCAGUGCACAAUGCAGGGUCAGUCUGAGCAUCAAGGUGCGCUGGUGGUUUGGUAGUGAACUGAUCACUCUUUUCCGUUAGCUGCCCAUUAAUAAAUGAUGGGUCGAAACCACGGUGCUCUUUAACGUCUGUAACAUGAAACGCGUUGGACUCGUUUGCUUAUUGCUUUCACUUCGACAAAAGAUCGGCGCUCCCCAACAUUAAAUCCAGGGACGAUCUGGAAGACUUCUUACAUGUUUGGGUUCAUUGUAAGAGUCACUCGUCUUUGAGGGAUAAUUAUAGGCAUUGACUGGAUGCAGAACGGGGUUCUCCAAUGACCUGUCACUCAUCCGACUCCACGGAAAGCAUCGAGAACGAAAGGAGAUCGCGAACCGAACCCCAAGCAGCGGAGUCCGAGCAGAGGCGCAUUGCCACUGCCAUGAGAGACCUUAAAAACACUGCAGGCUGGUAUUGGGGCAGCCUGACGGCCAACGAAGCCAAGGAGAUCCUGCAGGAUACGUCGGAGGGCACAUUUCUGGUCCGAGACAGCACUCAGAGGGACUACCUCUUCACCAUCUCUGCGAUGACAUCUGCUGGACCUACCAACUUACGUAUUGAAUACAAGGAUGGUAAAUUCAAGCUGGACUCUGUUGUUCUGGUCAAGCCCAAACUCAAGCAGUUUGACAGUGUGGUCCAUCUCGUGGAACACUAUGUUCAGCUGUCGAGGAUGUCUUGUAAGGGCAGGACUACUUCGCUUUCCCCAUCCAACAGCACAGUGCAACUCCUGCUGACAACUCCUGUGUACACGGCCACACCAUCGCUGCAACAUCUGUGUCGUAUUGCCAUCAAUAAAACCACACGACAGGUACAGGAACUCCCUCUGCCAAACAGGCUUAAGGACUACUUAACAGACUAUAGCUACAAUGUGUAGAACUGCUAGGACAACAAUGACCACAAGUGCUGAGGUUCCAUAGAUGAGGGGUUCUGUUCUGAUAUCACUUCUGUAUCUAUCAUUUGCAUGGGAUCUCUCUCCUUAUGCCCAAGGAAUGCAUGAAGCAGAAUAUCAUAAUGGUGUUAAGUGCCCUUCAUAGAGCACUUAACAAGUUUAUGGCCUAUAUAUAUUCUACAGUCAGUUUUGAUGAGUGAGUGAGAAUGUGUGUGUGAUAUGUGUGGGGCAUGCUGUCCUUCACAGACAUCUGUGGGAUCUGAUGGGUAAGUUACACCCAUACGAUAUUACGCCUCAAGUGUAGCCAUGCGUCUUUUUAAAAGAAGCACAUAUCUUGAGUUAUUUUGCAUCCUGUGUUUGAGACAUGGGACUUUGAAACUGUGCUUUUGACUAUGUUUUUAUUUGCUUACUAUUCAUGUUAUAUUUUUGUACUGUAGUCUUAGGUAAGAUGAUCAUUUGAGCUCUUUUCUCUGUCUUGAUGUCAUGGUUGAGAAUGUUUAAGCCAAAUUUAGCCAGAGGAACUAGGUUUGGGUAUUGGCAGGUACUUUUGACUUACAUUAUAUCCCGAUACCUUUGUCAUGACUGUGUCAUGAUACCUACUGAAUCCCAAUAUAACAUGUAAAAAAUGAUACUGUUACAUUUGUAAAAGUAUUCUUAUCCAAUGUUAAAAAAAGAUCAGCUUAUAAAAACAUUAUAAUAAUUCUUUCAAAUUGAGAAGCUUAAAGGAAUAUUCUGGGUUCAGUGCAAGUUAAUUGACAGCAUUUGUGGCAUAAUGUUAAAAUAAUUAAAAAUAAUUUCAACUUGUCCCUCCUUUUCUUUGAAAAAAUUAAAAAUGGAGGUUACAGUGAGGCACUUACAAUGGAGGUGAAUGGGGCCAAUUUUUGGAGAGUUUAAAGGCAGAAAUGUGAAGCUUAUAAUUUUAUAAAAGCACUUGCAUACAUUUUUCUGUUAAAACGUGUGUAUUAUUUGAGCUGUAAAGUUGUUUAUAACAUAAUUUUUACGGUUUUAGGUUUAUGCCCUUACGUCGUCAUGGCAACAAAGUUGUAAAAUUGCAUAUAACUUUACACAGAAAAGGUUAGUACGUGAUUUUAUCACACUAAAAUUGUUAACAUGCAUAUUGUUUACAUCUUGGGUCUAUACUUUUGAAACCGUGAUUAUUUCAACUUUUUACGGAUUGCCCCAUUCACUUUCAUUGUAAGUGCCUUGCUGUAACAUAGAUUUUUGCUUUUUAAAAAAAAAAAAAAUUAGGGAUGAGUUGAAAUUAAUUUUGUGGUAAUCAACAUUAUGCCACAAAUGUUGAGCUUAACUUGAACCUGGGAUUAAAUUUGCCAAAAGAAAGUUCUCAUGCUUUAAGGGUGCAUACUUUUACAAAUGAAAUACCGGCUAAGUAUUUUAUGUACACUCUGAACCAAGAGGUGAUUAAGCAUCAUGGUUUGUUUCUGCUUUUGCUGCGUAUGAUCAGCCAGUUUUGGCCUAUGUUAACCCUACCUCAGGAGGGUGUCUUGAUGAACUUGCAUGCUGAUUGGUCAUAUUUGGAGAAUAUUUGAUUCUAUAUUGAAUCGUUAUUUUUUUGACAGCCAGAAGCUUCGAAAUUCAAAUUAGUUGCUCAUUUUUACUUUCUCCUCACUUCUAUUUGUGAAGUGAUUACAAGGUAAAUUGGAUUUUCCAUUCUAGUUGCUGACUGAUCUGACCUCUUUUCUAUUUUGGUUUCGUGAAACAUAAUUUUAUCCCUUUCAGGGUGGCCCACUCAAUGUUCAGUUGUGCUUGAGUGUUCAGUUCCUGCACCUCAUAAUGAACUUUUUUUUCUUGACUUUCAAAUAAAAUAUUUAAUAGUAUUACGCCAGUUGCAGUGCUCUGCAAUUGUUAGCUGAUUGGUGUUUUGCUUUUAGCUUUUUUAUUUAAUUAUGAAGUAUAAGUCUGUUCAUGACGAGCUGGAGAACAUCCUAAUAUAGCCACUGCCAACUUAAUGUGGGUGAAAAUACCCCUCAUACCAAUCUACCAAUUUUGGCCAAAAAUUUUACCCAACAAAAUCACUGAAAGGUCACUCUUUGCUAACAUCUCUCAAAUAUGGUGCUGAUGUUGUUUCUUCUGUGGUGCUUCCUUUAGGACAUGGUAACUGUUAUAUUUUAAAUGUGUGAAUUGUGCAUAAGUCACCUUCACCACUGUAAAAAUCCCACUAAGAUCAUGAUAUCAUUCUACAACAUUGUGCUGCAUCAGUAGUGAAUGGAUUGUCUCCCAAUAAGUGAGAAAUAAAAGCAAACAUAGCUUUAAUUCA